AUGUCUCCCAGGACCAGCACAGACCCUGAGCGGGUUUCUCUUUCUCAGCCCAGACACACCAUGGUUCACGGAAUGUCACAUAUGGCCUCAAGAACACUCCAGGAUGAUGAAAUGUCGAGCCAGGACAAUUCGUCCUUGUGCUCAAGUAUUGCCACAAACCACGGAAAUCCCCAGGAUAUGAAAGACUGGAAUAUGAGCAGAGAGUCUCUCGAUCAGGCCAUUUCUUCCAAGGAAUCUCCACAGGUGCAAAUGCUUUCUUUCUCGCUGUCUCAACAGCUCAUGACCCCCACGGUCGGACCAAAUGAAGUGAUGUACACAGGCGUGGACUUCCCAGCAGUCUCAGACCUUCAUGAUCAUGAUGGAAUUUACUCCUUUGUGGACCUUUCUUCCAUGGAUAAUGAUGUUUACGGCAUGCAGUCGAGCACACCGGAUGAUGCUCUCUCUGUCGCCCACAGCUCCCACACGGAUGAUGCCCACUUCAUGAGCCACGAAUCAUGGAAUGCUAUGAUGCCCGACGGCCACUACCCUGGUACAACCCUGGACCAACUGUCAUCAAGUCUUUUCCAGACAGUCCCUGUCUCUCCGCCCCUGACGGAAGCCAGCAAUGACAUUCCCAUUACUUCUUCAUGCUCCCACCCUGGAUUUCCUUCUUUUAUGGCCCAUGAUGACACGCUCCUUGGAGAUUACACUUCUGCCUCGCCGAUUGCCAACCACGGACUUAACCCAACGGAGCCGUUGUUCCCCAACACCAAUCUCAACGAGAAGGACCCUGGAAGGACUAUUAGACCUACCAAGCAAUCUCGCCGAGCAGCAUUGCCUGGUGCUUCUCAGCCAAAUAUCAAGACAGAACCGGACUUUUUCCCACCUCUGCCAAUGAGAGAACCAGCCCGCCAGAGAUCCAAGGAUGGAGCCGAAGCUCGCAACCCGCGAGAGCACCACUACUACUCCCUUCCCACCCACACUGAUGGAAAGUAUUACUGCCCAUUUGCCAACGGAGACAAGCCCUGCAACCACCCGCCUACCACGCAAAAAUGCGCUUACCAGCAAUACCUGGAUUCUCAUCUGAAGCCUUACCGGUGCAAGGUCCCAGUCUGCAUGGAUGGCCAACUUCGUUUCUCUUCCAAUGCCUGCCUGUUCCGCCACGAGCGCGAAGCCCACGGAUUACAUGGCCAUGGAGAUAACCCCCACCUCUGCCUGUGGGAGGGCUGCGAACGCUCCGUUCCCGGAUAUGGAUUCCCACGUAGAUGGAACCUGUACGACCACAUGCGUCGUGUGCACGACUACGUCUCCUCCGAGCGUCACAGCUCGCCCGAGACUUCCCCAGUCGCCGCCCCAGCCAAGAAGAAGGAUUCGCCUGCCUCCACUGGCGGCCGCAAGAGAAGAAGUGUCACAGGUCCCACCCCGGCCCCGACCAUGAAGCGCACCCGCUCCGUCCACUCCCAUUCCGGUCCCGUGAAGGCUACCCAGAGCUCCGCCCAGCAUGGACAGCGUCUGCGCACCGCCGAGCACAACUACUAUACGUGCCGCUCACGUCUGCUCGACGAGCUCGCCAACAUCAACCCCCACGACGACAUCUCCAGACACGAGAAGGUCAAUGCCAGCCUUCAGGAGCUGCUUACUCUCGGAAUCAACUUCCGCCAGAUCGAGGCCAGCCAAGUUAUCACCCACAUGCCACACGGACUUCCCGCUUGA